AUGUCCAACCCUUAUAACCGCCGUCCACUCCCAGACUACCUGAUAUCCUCUCCUCUCGUUGCCCUCGUCUACCCACUCCACCAAAUCCUCCUCCGUCUUCGUGGUCCUCCCCGACUUCCACCUCCACACGCGAAGCCCAUUCGCGUCGUUUGUAUCUCCGACACCCACACCCUCGAGUGGCCCGACGUACCAGAUGGUGACCUCCUGAUUCACGCCGGCGACCUCGCCAACGACGGCUCCGUGCGUGAAAUCCAAGCUGCAGUAGACUGGUUGCGCUCGCUACCGCAUCCCCAGAAAGUCGUCAUCUGCGGCAACCACGAUAGCUACUUCGACGUCCGCUCGCGAUGUGAAGAAGAUCGCGAUGAGCAGUCCUCCGCAUCCUCUUUCGCCGCGGUCUCCGCUUCGACGGCGUCCAUCCACUCCCUCGAGGAAAUCACCGCGCCGUCGCGCAUCGACUGGGGCGAUAUCCACUACCUCCAGCAUUCCGCCGUGACUCUCUCGUUCCCAGCUUCCACAGACUCGACCUCAACGACAGCACCACUUACAAGCUCGCGCCCCCGUGAACUCACCAUCUACGGCGCCCCCCAAAUCCCUGCCAUCAUGGCCCUCGGCCCCGAACACGCCUUUACAUACCCUCCACACCACGACGCCUGGUCCCGCACCGUCCCUUUGGAAACGGACAUCCUUGUCACGCAUACACCCCCUCAAGCACACCUUGACAUGUCCCCCGUCUACUCCACGGGCUGUCCAAACCUCCUCGCCGAAGCCUGGCGCGUACGGCCCGCCCUCCACGUCUUCGGACACAUCCACAAUUCCGCAGGCCGCGAGCCGAUCUUCUGGGACGAGGCGCAGCUUGCGUGGGAGCGAUUGUGUGCGUCCAGACGGCCUCGUGCGAAGUAUACUCGCUUUGUGUCCUUGGCGGGGUUUUUGCGCGAUCUGUUUGAUUUGUCGGGGUGGGCGGAUGCAGCACGUGUUCUGUUCUAUGGAGUGCUGGGUGUGGUGUGGUCCAGGGUUUGGGGUGGGGAGACGCAUGGGGGUGGUUGGAUGGUUAAUGCGGCGUGCAUGUAUCGCAGUAGUGGCCGACUCGCGAAUGCGCCGCAGGUUCUUGAAAUUUGA